AUGAAAUUACAGGGUGCUACGAAUAUAUUCGAUCCUGUUGUGUUGGAAAAGACGUUUUUUCCGGAAAGCUUGACGGCAUUUCGAACAAUAAACAAUAAAAUUCCAAUAUUUUAUUGCGAAUAUUCAACGGCUCGAGGACCUUUACUCGCGUCGCAUUUGCGCAAAAGUGAUCGAGUUCGAAAUUACCACCGGUAUCCAUUCGUUCACUAUCAGGAGAUUUAUGUUCUCGAAGGAGGAUAUAACGCUUUCUACAAUGUCGAAAAUGCGCCUUUCAGGGAUCUAUGCGAACCAGAUGGUUAUACACAGAUGCGAGACAAAAAGCACAAAGAUGAAUUUGAAAAAUAUCGCAUCCACAAUGUGCGCUCUGGGAUUGGUUUCGAGACCGGAAUGUUCCAAACAGCUCUAAUCCGAAAAGACGCCGGAUACCGUCGAACAAAAUCAACACCAUUGUUCCCGGAAUCACCAAGUGUAUCAGCAACCGCUCUAGUAAAAUCGCUCGAAAAAUUUCGUCCUGACAACACGAUCUCACCAAUGCUUGCCAACCCGCGCACUCCAACUGGGCUCAGAAGAAAUGAUCAUUGUUUGAAUAUAUGA